AUGAGAACCGCCCUCAAGGAAGAUCUUAAUGCAUCCGUCGCAGAAGCAACCUAUGGAACCACCCUACGACUCCCCGGAGAAUUCUUUUCCGAAACUACCAGCAAGGCUAUAGUACCAGAGUUCGUCACUCAACUAAAAAAGCAAAUGACGAGUUUCCGCCCAACUCCAACAAGCAACCACGCCAAGCCAUCGGUAUUCCUGCAAAAAGAAAUGAGCACCUGCAGCCACGUUUUCGUGAAGAUCGGCGCCGUGAAACCACCACUGACGCAACCAUACCAAGGGCCGUUUCGAGUACUUCGUCGGAAAAAGAAAGUUUUUAUCGUCGACAUUAAUGGCAAACAAUCACCAAUCUCCGUCGAUCGCCUGAAAGCAGCCUUUAUCGAAGCCGACGAACAACCACCGAAACAAACGGAUACCACCGAACCCCCAGCGUGCCAAACCCGGUCUGGCCGCCGUGUACGGAUCCCUCGACGGUAUUGGAAAAGUUAA